GGUUACCAGAACAAAUAGAAUUCUAGGCGCCUCGACCGAAGGCCAGCAACAGCAAACCGAAGCCUCGUUCCUAACGGAAGUCGGAGAUUUCGCGGAAUUGCGCGUUGAGUGUCCAUUCUCAUAGGCAGUGAAUCAGUGAGAGGUUCAGCAGGCAUUCGAACUGCAGGCUCUGCUGCCAAGAGAGCAGUUUAGUUCCGCGCUUCACUACCGCAGUCAUUGCUGACUGCGAUUGGUCGUUUACCAGCUGACUGCGCCCUUUAGCGAUUGCCUUGGAGUGAUUUAGGUCGCUCUAGGUCGAACCGCCUUUUUCCGCUUCGACAAAGUCAGGAUUCGCUUCCUUGUACCGCCAGUCAGAAGCCGCCAUGUCAGCACCGUCGCUCGCCUCGUUCGUCCCCGUGCCUCCGGGCAGCCACUUCCCGAUCCAGAACCUCCCGUUCGGCGUGUUUCGAUCCUCGCCGGGAGGCUCGGCGCGAGUGGGCGUGGCAAUCGGCGAGCAGGUUCUAGACCUGUCAGUCGUGGCGGACGCGGGUCUGCUGGGGGAUGUGGGCGACGUAGUUAAAGACACGGGAUGCUUCCACCAGUCGUCCCUCAACACCUUCAUGGCGCUGGGUCGCCCCGUGUGGCAACGCACCAGAGCUGCUCUCCAACGCCUGCUCUCUGCGGACGAGCCAACACUGAGAGACAACAAGGCACUGCGCACCAAUGCCCUGCACCAUCAGUCCCAUGUGUUAAUGGAGCUGCCAGCAGUGAUCGGCGACUACACUGACUUCUAUGCGUCGAAGCACCAUGCCACCAACGUGGGGCGGCUGUUCCGAGGCAAGGGCAACGAGCUGCCGGCGCAGUGGUUGUACAUGCCCAUAGCAUACCACGGCAGGUCGUCGUCUGUUGUGGUCUCCGGCACUCCCAUCGAGCGGCCCAGAGGCCAGCUCGGACUGCCGCCCUCAUCCCCCUCCUCCUCCUUCGCUUCCCUCUCCCCUCUUUUUGGCCCGAGCCAGCAGCUAGACUUUGAGCUCGAGAUGGCAGUGUUGAUAGGCCCGGGCAACGAGCGGGGUGAGAGCAUCCCCGUGGAGAGGGCGCUGGACUGCUGCUUUGGCAUGGUGCUCUGCAACGACUGGAGCGCCAGGGACAUCCAGCGGUGGGAGUACGUUCCGCUCGGCCCCUUUCUCGGGAAGAACUUUGCCACCACCAUCUCCCCCUGGGUCGUCACUAUGGACGCCUUGCAGCCGUGCGUCUGCUCCCCACCCCCUCAGCAGGACCCCGUUCCGCUGCCGUACCUGAGGGACCCCAGUCCUCGCACCUUUGACAUUCGCCUGCAGGUAUUCAUUGCUCCCUCUGCCCCUGCGUCUGCAGCAUCGGUCCCAGCAGCAGAAACACCAACCACCGCACCACCCAACCCUCCUGUCCUCCCCCCGCCCACCCCUCCGUGCCCGCACGCCCUGCUGUCCCCUGACGCCGUUGACUCCUCCCCCCCUGCCUCUGGUGAGGCGUCGCUCUCUCACAGACUGCCGCCUGUCCCUGUGUGCAGCAGCAACUUCAACCACCUGUACUGGACGAUAUCCCAGCAGGUGGCGCACCACAGCAUCAAUGGCUGCCCCUUGAGACCCGGGGACCUGCUGGCGUCAGGCACCAUCUCAGGCCCGUCAGAGGGCAGUGAGGGGUGCAUGCUAGAGCGCACACAGGGCGGCAGGCUGACCCUGGAGCUCUCCCCCGACGGAUGUAGGGUAUCUGACGGCUCUUCCCAAGCCUCCGACCGAGCCUCAGGCUCGGGAGCCAUGCGCCGAACAUACUUGGAGGAUGGGGAUGAGGUUAUCAUGACGGCAAGCUGCCAGUUGCCCUGUGGUGUGACGAUUGGCUUUGGAGAUUGCAGAGGUGUAGUGCUUCCUUCAGGUCAUUCCACCACGCCUGGUAGCUCGAAACAAGAUGGAGUGGCCGUACAGACCCCUCGGGAUGCCUCAGCACCGUAGUACACCGAGUUAUGUUUCCAAAAAGUGAGGUCGAUGGUCGUGCCAGUUUCACUGACAUACGAUGCUACGAUAAAGAAGCAUCAUGUAUGUUGGAGGUUGGUGAGGCAUGCGCAACAGUGGUACCGGUAUGCUAGCGAAUCCAGUUUAAUCAAUUGUGGAAUGUUUACUACGUGAAAUUUGCGAUAAGUUCCGUCAUGCUCUAAUAUCGUAUGUUUUUGUUUCCCACAAGAAGCAUAG